GUUUUACUGAAUCAUUUUAUCCAUCAUCAAUUCCCACAAUGCUCCGAGAGAUGCCAAAAUAUUGAGGUUUUCUAGGUAUGAUGGCGCUAGGUGUUGUACACUAAAAAGAGAAUAACCUAAAAUCUGGAGGGACUUUUAUUAACUGCGAGGAAAAAACGGAGCGGCGAACUACUGAUGUUCAAAUCUAGCUGCUGAGAUUCAUGGAAAAAGGACACGACAGCUCCACCAGUAUGGCAGCGUCAGAGCUGUACACAAAGUUUGCUCGGGUGUGGAUCCCUGAUGCAGAUGAGGUGUGGAAGUCAGCAGAGCUCACUAAGAACUACAAACAUGGAGAUUCCACCCUACACCUCACACUGGAGGAUGGAAUGGACAUUGAGCACAAGCUGGAUGAUAAGACAAAGAACCUUCCUCACCUCCGGAACCCUGACAUCCUGGUGGGGGAGAAUGACCUCACAGCUCUUAGCUACCUCCACGAGCCGGCCGUCCUGCACAACCUUAAAGUCCGCUUCACCGACUCCAAACUCAUCUACACAUACUGUGGUAUUGUGCUGGUGGCCAUUAAUCCCUAUGAGAACCUUCCCAUCUACGGUAGUGACAUCAUCAAUGCGUACAGUGGCCAGAACAUGGGAGACAUGGACCCUCACAUCUUCGCUGUGGCUGAGGAGGCUUACAAACAGAUGGCCAGAGAUGAGAGGAACCAGUCUAUAAUCGUAAGCGGUGAGUCGGGAGCAGGGAAGACUGUCUCAGCUAAAUACGCCAUGCGCUACUUUGCUACAGUCAGUGGAGCAGCCACAGAGGCCAACGUAGAGGAGAAGGUCCUCGCAUCCAACCCCAUCAUGGAGGCGAUAGGAAACGCUAAGACGACUCGUAACGACAACAGCAGUCGUUUCGGGAAGUACAUUGAGAUCGGCUUCGACAAACGCUACCGUAUCAUUGGAGCUAACAUGAGGACAUAUCUACUGGAGAAGUCUAGAGUGGUGUUUCAGGCGGACGAGGAGAGGAACUAUCAUAUCUUCUACCAGCUGUGUGCGUCCUCCCAUCUACCAGAGUUCAAGAAUCUGAAGCUAGGUAGUGCUGAUGUCUUCCACUGCACCAAUCAGGGCCGGAACCCGGUCAUCGAUGGAGUCGACGAUGCUAAAGAGAUGUGCACAACACGACAUGCCUUCUCACUGCUAGGCAUCAACGAGUUGAACCAGAAGGGGCUGUUCCAGGUCCUGGCUGCCAUCUUACAUCUGGGCAACGUGGAGAUCAAGGACCGAGACUCUGACAGCAGCGUCAUACCUCCCAAUAACCGCCACCUGACGGUGUUUUGUGAGCUGAUGGGCGUGACCUACCAGGACAUGUCUCAUUGGCUGUGCCACAAGAAGCUGAAGACAGCCCAGGAGACCUACAUCAAGCCCAUCCCUCGGCUGCAAGCCUCCAAUGCCCGUGACGCGCUCGCCAAACACAUCUACGCCAAAGUCUUCAACUGGAUCGUGGACCAUGUCAACAAAUCUCUACGCGCCACCGUCAAACAGCACUCCUUCAUAGGAGUCCUGGAUAUCUAUGGGUUUGAGACGUUUGAGAUCAACAGUUUUGAACAGUUCUGUAUCAACUAUGCUAACGAGAAACUGCAACAGCAGUUUAACAUGCAUGUGUUCAAGCUGGAGCAGGAGGAGUAUUUGAAGGAGCAGAUUCCCUGGACUCUGAUAGACUUCUAUGAUAACCAGCCAUGUAUCAACCUCAUAGAGGCCAAGAUGGGGGUACUCGACCUGCUGGACGAAGAGUGCAAGAUGCCUAAAGGUUCAGAUGACUCGUGGGCCCAGAAGCUGUAUAACACCCAUCUGAAGACCUGCUCUCUGUUUGAGAAACCUCGCAUGUCCAACAAAGCCUUCAUCAUACAGCACUUCGCUGACAAGGUGCAGUACCAGUGUGAUGGCUUUCUGGAGAAGAACAAGGACACGGUGAAUGAAGAGCAGAUCAAUGUCCUGAAGGCCAGCAAGUUGGACCUGCUAGUGGAGCUGUUUCAGGAUGAGGAGAAAGUGACCAGUCCAACAGGGACCGCUCCAGGAGGUCGAACACGACUCAGCGUCAAACCAAAAGAGGUCAGAUCUGGAGCAAGCAGCAAGGAGCACAAGAAGACUGUUGGCUGCCAGUUCCGGAACUCUCUGGCUAUGUUGAUGGAGACUCUGAAUGCGACCACUCCUCACUAUGUUCGCUGCAUCAAGCCCAACGACCUCAAGUUCCCCUUCACGUUUGACCCUAAGCGAGCGGUGCAGCAGCUCAGAGCCUGUGGUGUUCUGGAGACCAUCCGCAUCUCAGCCGCAGGCUUCCCAUCCAGAUGGACCUACCAGGAGUUCUUCAGUCGUUACCGGGUUCUGAUGAAGCAGAAAGACGUCCUGUCGGACAGGAGGCUGACCUGUAGGAACGUCCUGGAGAAACUGGUGCAGGACCAGGACAAGUACCAGUUUGGUAAGACUAAGAUCUUCUUCAGGGCUGGUCAGGUUGCCUACCUGGAGAAGCUGAGGGCUGAUAAGCUGAGGAAGGCGUGCGUCCGUAUCCAGAAGACCAUCCGCUGCUGGCUGGUACGCAAGAAGUACCUCCGAAAGAAGCAUGCUGCCAUCACCAUCCAGAGAUACACCCGCGGACACCAGGCCCGCUGUCUGGUUAAGUACAUGCGUCAGACCCUGGCAGCCAUCACUAUCCAGAAGUUCCAGAGGAUGUGUGUCCAGAGGAAAGUGUACCUACAGAAGCAGGCUGCUGCCCUGGUCAUGCAGACUAUCCUCAGAGCGUACAUGGCCCGACAGAAAUACCAAGGGUUGCUGCGUAACCACAAAGCUGUGUUCAUCCAGAAACACGUGCGUGGCUGGCUGGCCAGACAGCGGUACAAGCGCUCCCUGCGAGCCAUCGUCUAUCUGCAGUGCUGCAUCAGGAGGAUGAAGGCCAAGAAAGAGCUGAAGAAGCUGAAAAUCGAGGCCCGCUCCGUUGAACAUUUCAAGAAACUUAACGUUGGCAUGGAGAAUAAGAUCAUGCAGCUGCAGAGGAAGUUAGACGAACAGGCUAAAGACAACCGUGUGACCAGCGAGCGGCUGAACUGUCUGGAGACGUCCCACGCGGUGGAGAGUGAGAAGCUGAAGGUAGAGGUGUCUAAGCUGAAGGGGAUAGAAGAGGAAGCCAAGAACAACGCCAACCGUGUCACUUCCCUUCUGGAGCAGCUGGAGAGGCUGAGGAAGGAGCUGACCACCACCCAGAAAGAGAAGAAGACCAUUGAGGACUGGGCUACCAAGUACAGGGAUGAGAUGGAAAAGAUGGUAGCAGAGCUGAAGCAGCAGAAUGGUCUGCUGAAGACCGAGAAAGACGACCUGAACCGAAUGAUCAAGGAACAGAGCCAGCAGAUGACAGAGAAAAUGACUCGUGCAUUAGCGGAGGAGACUCAGCAGUUGGAGAGCGAUCUGAACGAGGAGAGGUCUCGCUACCAGAACCUCCUAACAGAACACCUGAGACUGGAGGAACGCUACGACGACCUCAAGGAAGAAAUCACUCUCUCUGUGAGCGUGCCCAAGCCCGGCCACAGGAGAACAGACUCCACCCACAGCAGCAACGGAUCAGAGUGCACCUACAACUCAGAGUUCGCCGAAUCAGAAGAAAGUUCCCGACAUGGAGAAGAUGUGACCCGGGGCAUGGACACGUCUCUGACUCUGAAGCUGCAGAAGCGCGUAACCGAACUGGAGCAGGAGAAAUCCUCUCUCCGCAACGAGCUAGAAAACAAGGAGGAGCAGUUCCAGCGGGCUAGAGUCAGGGAUGAUGAGGAGCAUAAGAAAUCACGUGGAGCAGAACUGGAGUACGAGUCUCUCAAGCGCCAGGAGCUGGAUUCCGAGAACAAGAAGUUGAAGCACGACCUGACCGCCAUGAGGCAGAGCCUGCUGGGUAAUGCAGGCGCUGGGGCAGGGGCACCAGGAAGUCCACCCUACAAAGUUCUCAUGGACCAACUGAACUCCUCCUGCGAGGAGCUGGAGGUGCGGAAAGAGGAGGUGCUGAUUCUACGAUCUCAACUGGUCUCACAGAAGGAGGCCAUGCAGCACAAGGAGACGAUGACGGAGCCAGUGCACUAUGCAGAGGAUGUCCAUAAGAUGAAGGACUCUGGUGCAAUCACUCAGGCUUAUCUAGGACUCAAAGAUACCAACAGAUCUCCCAGGUACUUGCGUAAACCACUAGAAGCCAAUGAGCUCCUAAAUCGGCUCAGAUCCCCCACUGCUGACUUCCAUAGGCUGAAUGAGAUGGGGGGGCUGUGGCUGGUAUAUGAAGGGUUAGAGGAGACCAACAGACUGUUGGAGGGCCAGAUGCAGCAGCAGCGGCGUAGCUAUGACAACGAGGUGGAGGUGUUGCGAGGGGAGUUACAGAGUGUUAAAGAGGAGAAUAACCGUCAACAACAGCUGCUGGCCCAGAACCUGCAGCUCCCACCAGAGGCACGCAUAGAGGCUAGUCUACAGCAUGAGAUCACACGACUCACCAACGAAAACCUGGAGAUGCUGAGGACUGAGGAUCCAACAGCAUAUCGCAGCGCCAAAGUCAACAUAUUACGACGGAUGGUUGACCUCAUGGAACAGCUGGAGAAGCAGGAUAAAACUAUCCGUAAGCUUAAGAAACAGCUGAAGGUAUUCUCCAAGAAGAUUGGAGAAAUGGGAGCUGGCCAUGUUGAGACUAUAUCUCCGGGUCAGAUGGUUGAAGAGACGGUCCGUCCGGUGAACAUUCCUCGUCGCGAGAAAGACUUCCAGGGAAUGUUGGAGUACAAGAAGGAGGAUGAGCUGAAACUGGUUAAGAACCUCAUACUGGAGUUGAAGCCUCGUGGUGUAGCGGUGAAUCUGAUCCCAGGCCUGCCAGCCUACAUCCUCUUCAUGUGUCUGAGGCAUGCUGACUAUGUCAACGAUGACCAGAAGGUCAGGACGCUGCUCACAUCCACCAUCAACAGCAUCAAGAAGAUACUCAAGAAACGGGGGGAUGACUUUGAGACGGUCUCCUUCUGGCUGUCCAACACCUGUCGCUUCCUACACUGUCUGAAACAGUACAGCGGAGAUGAGUCGUUUAUGAAGCACAACACUCCUAAGCAGAAUGAUCACUGCCUGUCUAACUUUGACCUGGCUGAGUACCGGCAGGUCCUCAGUGACCUGGCCAUUCAGAUCUACCAGCAGCUCAUCAAAUGCAUGGAGAACAUCCUACAGCCCAUGAUUGUCUCUGGUAUGUUGGAGCAUGAGACCAUCCAGGGUGUGUCGGGGGUUAAGCCGACCGGUCUGCGUAAACGGACAUCGAGCAUCGCUGACGAGGGAACCUACACGCUGGAAUCCAUCUUACGCCAACUCAGCGCUUUCCACUCCACCAUGUGUCAGCACGGCACCGACCCUGAACUCAUCAAACAGGUUGUGAAGCAGCAGUUCUACAUCAUUGGAGCUGUGACUCUCAACAAUCUACUGCUGCGUAAAGACAUGUGCUCCUGGAGCAAAGGCAUGCAGAUCAGGUAUAACGUGAGUCAGCUGGAGGAGUGGCUGCGUGACAAGUCUCUGAUGCUGUGUGGAGCCAAGGAGACUCUGGAGCCUCUGAUUCAGGCUGCUCAGCUGCUGCAAGUCAAGAAGAAGACGGACGAAGACGCAGAGGCCAUCUGCUCCAUGUGCAACAGCCUGUCCACAUCUCAGAUUGUGAAGGUGUUGAACCUGUACACUCCAGUCAACGAGUUUGAAGAGAGGGUGUCUGUUACCUUCAUACGAACCAUACAGACUCGUUUGCGGGACCGCUGUGAGACUCCUCAGCUGUUGAUGGACACUAAGAUCAUCUACCCAGUCACCUUCCCUUUCAACCCCUCCUCUCUGGCCCUGGAGACUAUCCAAAUACCAGGCUCCCUCAACCUAGCCUUCCUUACCCGCGUCUAACACACACACAUACACAACUAAUAGAUAGGCUAUACAUAUGUACACAUGCAUACACAAAGCAUUCUCUUCCUAACACAUCCAAACACUUACAUAUAGUGCACACACACAUACACACGCUCAGCUUACACCCUACGGUAGUCUUUAUAUCAGUAGUUGAAAGCCCAUCCUCCGCGUGUACAAAUGCUCAACUCUAAGAGAAUGCACCGCUACAGGCCACCUUUUCUCCUAUCUUACCCCCUUUUACUAAGCUCCCCACCUACAACCCCAUUUAAGACCUAGUACCGUGUUCCCCCAGUCCUCUUUUCUCCUCUUUGUUCUCUUCUCAAUAGUGUAGUGUUUUCUAGCAGUCCGGUUCUCCCAUAGGAAUGUAUUACGGUACACUUAAGCUAGCUGUCCAGGGCUAGCAUCACAGCUAGCUAGCUCCUUCAGCUAAGCUCAGCUAGCAUCUGUUGUGUUAUGAUAGGAUGCUAGCGCUUCAACAGUUUUCUAGCUAGCAUCAGUUUUGAGUAUAUCGUUAUCAACUCACCCACUGAACACAUUCAAGCCAAGUGCAGUACCCAUUGUCUGUACCAUACUUUUAUACAUAUAUAAAUACAUAUAAAUAUGAAUAUAUAUAUAUAUAUAUAUAUAUCACGCUAGGGUGUUUUAUUUAUUGCAUUUAUCUCACUCCCUUUCCUAAAAUACGUUUUUCUUUGCAGACAGACUUGUAGGCUUAUCUCUCUAGCUUUCCAGACCGGAGAGAAGUAUGGCCAUGGAAAGACCACUAAAGUCCUGUAGUAUUAGAAUUAUGUCUACAGCAGAUGAUCUAUGCAGUCUCAUUUAAUUAGCACUAUUUAAUGUAGCUUUUUAUUUGUUUAGCUCAUGAUGUAUUGUGCUUUAAGAUCUCUCUGCUGUUGCUGUGUCCUGCUUUAACCUGCUUCUCUAGUAGAUCUGCACUUCAGCACCAGAGGUUGAAAUAGAGGAUUAGACUGGAACAGAGGUUGAAAUAGAGGAUUAGACUGCACCAGAGGUUGAAAUAGAGGAUUAGACUGGACCAGAGGUUAAAAUAGAGGAUUAGACUGGACCAGAGGUUGAAAUAGAGGAUUAGACUGGACCAGAGGUUGAAAUAGAGGAUUAGACUGGACCAGAGGUUGAAAUAGAGGAUUAGACUGGAACAGAGGUUGAAAUAGAGGAUUAGACUGGAACAGAGGUUGAAAUAGAGGAUUAGACUGGAACAGAGGUUGAAAUAGAGGAUUAGACUGGAACAGAGGUUGAAAUAGAGGAUUAGACUGGAACAGAGGUUGAAAUAGAGGAUUAGACUGGAACAGAGGUUGAAAUAGAGGAUUAGACUGGAACAGAGGUUGAAAUAGAGGAUUAGACUGGAACAGAGGUUGAAAUAGAGGAUUAGACUGGAACAGAGGUUGAAAUAGAGGAUUAGACUGGGACAGAGGUUGAAAUAGAGGAUUAGACUGGGACAGAGGUUGAAAUAGAGGAUUAGACUGGAACAGAGGUUGAAAUAGAGGAUUAGACUGGAACAGAGGUUGAAAUAGAUAGAGGAUUAGACUUGCAGUAGUUGGCUAGACUGGACGAGUAGUUUAGAUGGGUAUAAAACUAUCAGGUUUAGACGGUUCAGCUACUGUACUUGCUUCUCCACUUUAACUAAGUAGUUUGGUUUCAAAACCCCGACAGAGGACUCACUAACUCUAACACACACUAGUGACUGUUGUUAAAAACAGAAGCACGCUGGAUCCUACAUAUCCACUACCACAGCGUUUCCCAAACUAUUGGUCCCGGCCCCAUGUGGGGUCGCCUGAUUUUUAAAAAUGGGGUCGGAAAAAAAUAGAAUAAAACCGCGCUUUGUUCAUAGAACAAGGGUUACGUCGGUAACCUCCGGUAGCCUCGGUAACCUCCGUUAGCCUCUAGAUACAGUUGUAAUAAACAGAGCGGUUUCUGUUUUCUUCCUACAAAUGUGUCUAUCUUUUAAAAGAUACAACAUAUAAUGACCACAUCACUGAAAGAUCAGCCUCUCAGGAACACGGAUGUGUCUUCUGUUUUCUUCCACAAUGGUCACAAGCCUCAUUAGAACAGAGUGGACAAGACCAGGAACUAAAUCAGAUAAAACAACAAGUUUACAUUAGCGUUGACAUCACUUUUUUCUACAUGGUGGAGUCGUGAUGUUUUAUUAUAUCAAAAAGGGGCUGCGGACCAAACAGUUGGAACUCCUGCAGUACCAACUACUACAUAUCUACAUGUCCUCACCCCACCACUCUGUCUGCUCCACUCUCGGUACAUUAUGAUGGACAAGAUCUAUAGGUAUUCCUUUCAGUAUUAUAGCAUUGGAAAGGAGGUUGUGUGUUACUAAACCUGGUUACCACUGAGCCAGUCUGUUUUACUGUAGUUGCUCUCAUAAUCCAUCGCAUUUAGACUCAAUAUCAACCAUGUCUUGAAUGUUUUCCCCGACAGCCUGUAUGAUAAUGCUGCCUUGCCAGCUUUACUCCAGAAACUAAAUCACUUCUUUGUGGACAAACUAUUACAUACCCUGGCUACAGUCUCUACUCUACCCUACUCUAACUCUUACCCCCUUCUUUCAUUCCCUACUAACCUACUCGAACAACUCCUUCACUGUCUCCCCUACCCCCUCUUCACUGUCUCCCCUACCCCCUCUUCACUGUCUCCCCUACCCCCUCUUCACUGUCUCCCCUACCCCCUCUUCACUGUCUCCCCUACCCCCUCUUCACUGUCUCCCCUACCCCCUCUUCACUGUCUCCCCAACCCCUUCUUCACUGUCUCCCCUACCCCUCUUCACUGUCUCCCCUACCCCCUCUUCACUGUCUCCCCUACCCCCUCUUCACUGUCUCCCCUACCCCCUCUUCACUGUCUCCCCAACCCCUUCUUCACUGUCUCCCCAACCCCUUCUUCACUGUCUCCCCAACCCCCUCUUCACUGUGUCCCAACAUCAGCCAAGUCUGUUUUCAUGGCUCUACUUUUAGAGAAAGCAGCCAUGUUUUUACUCAGCACCAGAUAGUGACCAGGAGAGGGCGACAUUGGACACUAGGUAACAUGACUGUGGCUUCUCUAAAACCAGACGUUCUGCCAGAUGUUCUAUCGAAUCAAAGAAGAUAUACUAACAUUCUAUUCACUACCACUCAGGCCCUUCUAACUUCUGACUGGUCAACCGCUGAGGGACAGAAAGGAUAGAACUACAUUUCUCAUCAUCGUUGCCCCUCUUCCUUACUUGUGCCAUCAGUGUUCACCCAUACCCUAACUGCUCAUCAACCAUCAACUUUAUUUAACCAUCAACCUUAUUGUUUAAUCUUCAACCUUAUUUUACCGUGACCUUUAUUUGCCUCCCAACCCUGACCCUUUGAAUUUUGUUCACUGGCAUAUAGAGACACGCGACUCAGAAAAACAUAUUAUUAUUACUAUCAUUGAUGUAGGAGUCAAGUUCAUGUUUAAACUUGUUUUGUGGUGCAAUUUCAUGAAUAAUCAUAUAUUUAUUAUUGGGACCAUCAUGAGUGUAUUGUAUAAAAAUUAAAAAUGGCCUUUUUGUUACAUUUUUGCAGCGUUGCAUUUCAAUGAAGGAUUUUUAGGAUUACGUUUUAGGUUGUUCAACAUGUGUAUAGUGAUACCAGAUCUAAAAUGCAUAUCUGCAUCUUGGACGAUACUGGAAAACGAUACUGAAAUACUGCAGGUUUUACCCUUGUGAAUGUUUUAGCUGUUAUUGAUCAUACAUAUAGGAUGACUUCAUUGUUACUCAUGUUUGGGACAAAGCCUUACAUAUGAUUUUAAAAACACUAUCAUCUCCUGUCUUUAACUGUGUCUGUCUGUUACACGACUACUGUUUUAAAAAGUAGCAUUAUUAUUGAAUGUUUUGACAAGGUGUCCAUAGAUCUUAUUUCAGAGGCUGGGAUGGAAGGAUUGUUUUGACAAGUUGUCCUUAGAUCUUAUUUCAGAGGCUGGGAUGGAAGGAUUGUUUUGACAAGUUGUCCUUAGAUCUUAUUUCAGAGGCUGGGAUGGAAGGAUUGUUUUGACAAGUUGUCCUUAGAUCUUAUUUCAGAGGCUGGGAUGGAAGGAUUGUUUUGACAAGUUGUCCUUAGAUCUUAUUUCAGAGGCUGGGAUGGAAGGAUUGUUUUGACAAGUUGUCCUUAGAUCUUAUUUCAGAGGCUGGGAUGGAAGGAUUGUUUUGACAAGUUGUCCUUAGAUCUUAUUUCAGAGGCUGGGAUGGAAGGAUUGUUUUGACAAGUUGUCCUUAGAUCUUAUUUCAGAGGCUGGGAUGGAAGGAUAGUUUUGACAAGUUGUCCUUAGAUCUUAUUUCAGAGGCUGGGAUGGAAGGAUUGUUUUGACAAGUUGUCCUUAGAUCUUAUUUCAGAGGCUGGGAUGGAAGGAUUGUUUUGCCAAGUUGUCCUUAGAUCUUAUUUCAGAGGCUAGGAUGGAAGGAUUGUUUUGCUUUCUGUCUAGUUGCACUUUUUGAAAUAUUUACUGAACAAGUUGAAUAAACGCUGAUAAAGUUAGCUCUGUCUGCCCUUAACCUAUCUGAUAUUCUAAUUUCUUUGAUCAUCAUAUGGUUUAUGCUCCUCAGAGAGGUCAUCAAGCUGUAGUCAUUUACACAGUAGAAGGCUAUAGUCUUACUGACUAUCCCGAAUGGUAUCAUAUUCACUAGAUAGUGCACAGCUUUUGACCAGGGCCCAUAGGGAAUAGGGCGCAAUUUGGUAUGUACCCUUAGCCCAUUUCUAUGAUUAGCCUUCGUCAAGCAGUGUAGAUGGACCACUCUUCCCGCUCUCCCCUUCCCUUAUAGUGUCCCACUCUGUAUAUGCUGUGUGCCUCAGACAGGCUUGUUCAUGUAGACACUCUGUGGUACAACCGGUCUUCACCUCAUUUGAGAUAUACAUUUUAACAUCUCCAGAUGGUUCUUAAAAUAGAUACUUAAAAUCUCCCUUUUUAUGGUUUUGACAAUUGAGGUCAAUGCUAAAGUAUCACAUCAAGUCACGACAUCAUCACCAACCGACACAUCUCAUUGAUCUAAUGAUCUUCAGACUUCAUACAGUCCACCUGUGGUAGAGAUGCUGAACUCUGCUCUCUCCUCUCCAUCUCCUCGCUUCUAUUCAAUUCUUUGUCCUCUCUCCUCCCGUGUGUACAUCGGGAGAACUGGACUGUGUGUAUAAUUCCUGGUAGCUGUACUUAGUGAAUAUGUUCACCAUUAAGAAACUUGGAAUAAGUUUAAAUUGUCAAACCCUGUAAAAGACAAAUAAAGGAAUUCAGCACUGAAAA